AUGACGACAUUUCGGCGCCUAGUCGCCGAAUGGCGGCCUCCGUCCCUGAAGCUGCGGGUUCCUCGGUGGUCCCCUAAGACGGCCGCUCCGGACCCUGCGAGGCAGGCUGCCAUGGCGUUCCCCCACCUGCAGCAGCCCAGCUUCCUGUUGGCCAGCCUGAAAGCUGACUCUAUAAACAAGCCCUUUGCGCAGCGCUGCCAAGACUUGGUUAAAGUCAUCGAGGACUUUCCAGCAAAGGAGCUGCAGGGCGUCUUCCCGUGGCUGGUUGAGAGCAUCUUCGGCAGCCUGGACGGCGUCCUGCCCGGGUGGGGCCUGCGCUGGCUGCAGGGCCGCGCGAGCCCCGUGGAGCACAGUGUGGCCGUGGAGUUCCUGGACCCUGGAGGCCCAAUGAUGAAACUGGUGUAUAAGCUUCAGGCCGAAGACUAUAAGUUUGAUUUUCCUGUCUCCUACCUGCCCGGGCCUGUGAAGGCGUCCAUCCAGGAGCGUGUGCUUCCCGACAGCCCCCUGUACCACAACAAGGUACAGCUGCCCCCCACCGGGGGCCUCGGCCUGUACCUGGCGCUCAACCCCUUCGAGUACUACAUGUUCUUUUUUGCUUGGAGCCUAAUCGCUCAGAAGCCGCCCCCCGGGGCCCUCCACGUCCGCACCUCCGACUGCGCCUACUUCAUCCUGGUGGAUAGGUACCUGGCGUGGUUCCUGCCCACGGAAGGCAGCGUGCUGCCCCCACUCUCCAGCCCGGGGGGGCCCAGCCCCUCGCCGGCUCCCAGGACGCCGGCCAUGCCCUUCGCGUCCUACGGCUUGCACCACACCAGCCUCCUGAAGCGGCACGUCUCCCACCAGACGUCGGUGAACGCGGACCCCGCCUCCCACGAGAUCUGGCGGUCAGAGACGCUGCUCCAGGUGCUUGUGGAGAUGUGGCUCCAUCAUUACUCUCUGGAGAUGUACCAGAAGAUGCAGGCCCCUCACGCCAAGCUGGAGGUCCUGCACUACCGGCUCAGCAUCUGCAGCGCCCUCCACAGCCCCGCCCACCCCAGCCUCCAGGCUCUCCACGCCCACCAAGAGGCCUUCAUGCCCACGGAGGAGCACGUGCUGGUCGUGCGGCUGCUGCUGAAGCACCUGCAUGCCUUCUCCAACAGCCUGCGGCCUGAGCAGGCCUCUCCUUCCGCUCACUCCCACGCUGCCAGCCCCCUGGAGGAGUUCAAGAGGGCCGCCGUCCCGAGGCUCGUCCAGCAGAAGCUGUACCUGUUCCUGCAGCACUGCUUUGGCCACUGGCCCCUGGACGCAUCCUUCAGAGCCGUGCUGGAGAUGUGGCUGAGCUACCUGCAGCCCUGGAGAUAUGCGCCCGAGAGGCAGGCCCCGGGCAGCGGCUGCCAGGCCCGCGGCGUGUCGGAGAGAUGGGCGCCCUUCGUGCAGGAGAACCUGCUUGUCUACACCAAGCUCUUCCUGGGCUUCCUGAACCGCGCGCUGCGCACAGACCUCGUCAGCCCCAAGAACGCGCUCAUGGUGUUCCGCGUGGCCAAGGUCUUCGCGCAGCCCAACCUGGCCGAGAUGAUCCAACGGGGUGAGCAGCUGUUCUUGGAGCCCGAGCUCGGCGUCCCGCAGCGGCAGCACCGGCUCUUCGCAGCGCCCUCCUUCACCGGCAGCUUCCUUUCGUCGUGGCCGCCGGCCGUCACCGACGCCUCCUUCAAGGUGAAGAGCCACGUGUACAGCCUGGAGGGCCAGGACUGCAAGUACACGCCGAUGUUCGGACCCGAGGUGCGGGCACUGGUCCUGCGUCUGGCGCAGCUCAUCACACAGGCCAAGCAGACGGCCAAGUCCCUCUCAGACCAGAGCGGGGAGGGCGCGGCCGGCCGCCCCUUCCUGUCCUGGCUGGGCUUCUAUCCCGCGGACAGCAACGGCUCCUACGCGGGCAACGACCUGGACGAGAUGGGGCAGGACAGCGUCCGCAAGACGGACGAGUACCUGGAGAAGGCGCUGGAGUACCUGUGCCAAGCCUUCCGGCUUAGCGAGGCCCAGCUCGCCCAGCUGACGCUUGCCCUGGGGACGACGCAGGACGAGAACGGGAAGAAGCAGCUCCCGGACUGCAUCGUGGGCGAGGACGGGCUCAUCCUCACGCCCCUGGGCCGCUACCAGAUCGUCAGCGGGCUGCGGCGCUUCGACGUCGAGUACCAGGGUGACUGGGAGCUGCAGCCCAUCCGGAGCUACGAGAUCGCCAGCCUGGUCCGCGCGCUCUUCCAGCUGUCGUCCGCCAUCAACCGCAGGCUACCGGACGCUGCUGUCGCUGCUGCUGGCCUUCUCGGUGGCCUCACUGUUCUGCGUGGGGCCUCUGCUCUGCGCCCUGCUCCUCGUGCUGGGCUACAUCCUGUACGCCGUGGCGAUGACGCUGCUGACCGAGCGUGGCAAGCUGCACCAGCUCUGAGAGCGGCUGCCCGCCGCCCCCGGGCCGCCCCGCGCCCCGCGCCCCACGCCCGUCACCUCCGCGCGUCUUCAGCUGGUUUCCCGCCGCCUGGCAGGCAGAACGAGAGCCUGCUGGGCAGGGCCCGGGCCUCCCUGAGGGGGAGGGUGGAGCAGUGGGCUCCCUGCCUCAGCCGGAGGCCCCGCAGGGAGGUGCCUUUCUCUUCACUGUGUGAAGCUCAGGAGUCAGGCCUCCCCGGGGGGUCUGCAGUCUCUGCCCUCAUGGCCCUGGAGGGGGGGACAGUGAGACCCCAGAACAGGAGACCAGCCUCUGGCUCCCAAGAAGAAUCAGGCCCCAAAUGGGAAUCUUAUCAGAUGGGGGUUCUCUGGUCCAUGAUUUUAAGCUAGUUUUGCUGCCAAGUCCGGGCUGCACACCUGCAUCUGAGGAGAGGCACGCAGACGGCCACCGGCCGGGGCUGCCCCAUGUGCAGGCCUUGUCCCUGCAGACGGCGGGCUGCCCGCCCUGGGGCACAGCCAGAGGCGGUCAGAAGCACCAUUUGUGUCCUCCUCAGAGCAGGUGCUUGGACAGGGUUUGGUGACCUUGAAACAUUCCAAGUGCACGAGGCUGCACGUUCACAGACCCUCAUGGCCUCCGUGCCCUUUGUCCCGCAGAUGACACACCGGAGGCACUUGCCAACCCAGAUUUUUAAAAGGCUUUGGUGUCUGUCUUUUUAAGUUUUCAAACUGUAAAUGUUGGGCUUUGUGUUUUAAUGUAAACUCAGAACAGUGGCUUUUGGGGCCUGUGACCAAAAGCCAAACUUAUAACUGACCCUGGACCUGAAUAAACCUGUUCUUG